AUGAAAGCUAUAGUUCUUCAAGGACAAGCAGGGAAGGCAUCUCUGGUUUUCGAUCGCCCGUCUCCUAAAUUGCGUCCAGGCUAUAUUCUUGUUUACGUAAAGGCGGUUGCUCUGAACCCAACAGACUGGAAGCAUGUUGACCUCGCGAACGAAGCGAAAGGUACCUUGUUUGGUUGCGAUUACGCUGGCAUAGUUGCUGAGACUGGCACUGGAUAUUCCACUGACUGGAAAACGGGAGACAAAAUUUGUGGCUUCUCUCUCGGAGGCAACAAAUUGCAACAAGAAGACGGAGCCUUCGCGGAAACCAUUGUUGUAAAGGCUGAUGUGCAGAUGCGAAUACCGAAUCAUCUAUCCUUCGAAGAAGCAGCAACAGUACCAACCGCUAUUCUCACCUGUGGACAAGGCCUCUUCCAGGAGAUGGGAUUGACCUGGCCCAAAGAAGCCAGUGAGACCAGUAACAAUGAGCCUAUCCUAAUAUAUGGUGGAAGCUCAACAACAGGGCUAAUGGGAAUCCAGCUUGUCAAACUGGCAGGUUAUGUUCCUCUGACGACCUGUUCUCCUCAUAAUUUCGAACUGGUGAAGUCCCUAGGAGCAUUUCCUGUUGAUUAUAAGGACCCGAAUUGCACCGAACAGAUCAGGCAAGCGGCGGGCAAUAAUCUCAGACUCGUCUGGGAUACGAUAUCAACACAUGAAUCCGCCAAGAUCUGUGCUAAGGUCAUUGACCCUGGCGGUAUUUGCGGCACUGUCCGCGACGUCGCCUUCCCCAGGACUGGUGUCCGAAAAACCAGAUCAUCAGGGUACACAUCGACAGGAGAGCCCGUUGAGAAACCCGGAAUGUCACUUCCCGCUCAGCCCGAACACUUCGUGUUUACGAAAAAAUGGAUGAAAGAGGCCGAGUCUCUGUUACAGCGGAAAUUGAUAAAGCCUCCUCCGUCACGGGUGGGUAAGGGGCUAGAGUGUGUACUCGACGGUGUUGACCUGCUGAGAAAUGGUAAGGUCAGUGGCGUAAAGUUGGUUUACACGCUGUAA